AUGUCCCAAAGCCCAAAGACAUACAAUUCCAAACUCUUCUUGCAACACGCAACCACAUUCACAACACAAGCAAGCACCACCCAAAACCACAACAUGUCUUGCCAACGCCUAUCAACCGUCCACGGACUUGCACCCGAAAAGCUUAUCAAACUCGCUUUCAAGUUCCUCCCCUACCGCACUCUCCAAGCCGUCUUCGCGACGCUUCACCCCGCUCAACAUCGCAUCUUGAUGCAACAACGGCGCCGCGGAGUGAGUCUGCACCAUCUAGCAGACACACUAUACUACCACCAAGGCGCCACACUGUCGCGCCUGUCGCGCUGGAACGAAAUGACGGUGCUGCAAAUGCAGCAUGAACUCCUCAAACGAGAACACCUCGACGAGGGAGAGGAAAAGAGCUUGAGUGAAUGGAAACUGAGGAUCAGAUUGGUGUGUCUCAUGGCUGAGGAGAGGAGGGCGUGGAAGGAGGGGAAGGAGCAGAGGAGGGUGGAGGAAGAGGAAGACAGGAGGGCAUGGAUCGCCCAGUGUAGGGCCAAGAUGUUUACAUCGCUCAUCGCAGAGAUCAACGGCGUGGAACCCUCCGUUAUUAAGAAUACAACCCAGGUCAAGUCAGCGACUGCGCGAAAGCGUACCGUCUCGGAGACUACAUCAACUUCGACAUCAUCACUUCGACAGCGCGCAGUCGCUCGUCACCCGCAACAGCGUCAAGCCAUCGAUCGGUACAUGGCCGUUGCGCACAACCCAUGGAGGGAGCCAAAGCGCCUAUCAAAACCCUCAUACGAGGUAAUGAAGCAACAAGAGCUUCUCGAGGAAGCGCAGAUUCGAGGGCUUGAGAUCGACAACGGGGAUAAGACAUACCUCGUAAAUAUCUUGAUCAUCGACGACGAGGCCUACGCCAAGCUAAUGGAGGUACUCGGUUGCCGCUUCAGAGCCGUCGACUUUGCACAGGGCGAAGUGAAGCUCUACAACCAAGAGGUGAAGCGCCAACGAGCUGAAGCGGAGGCGAAGCAGCAACAAGCGAUCCGUGAGAUGCAUAAGAAGGCGAAACGAGAUGCGCGCGUCAAGGCCGAUAAGCUGGUAUGGGAGAAGAAGCAGGCUGAGAACAAGGCUGCUAAAGCCAAAGAGCAAGAGCAGCGGAAGCGAAAGACAAGCGACAACAUCGAUUCUGGUUGCUCUUCUGCCCCCAAGAAGGCCAAAUCCAAGCAUGCACCGGCGGCUGCUUCCCGCUCGAGGAAGAAUGGCACCGACAAGGCACCAUCAGGCGAUAGGAACUUUGUCAAGAUGAGUGUUGCCAACGACAUGAAGGAUGCGCACGACGAUGACGACGAUGAAGAUGGACUUGGCGACUUCAUUGUCGAUGACCUGCCGCAGAAGCCGAAGCGCAAGAGCGAUGUAGGCGGCAUGGCAAGGAGCAGGUUGAUUGCUGGGUUUUGA